AUGCUCUCGGAUCUGGCUGCUACUCAAACGCGUCAGACAACUUCUCGUUCACUUGAACCUGACUUUGCAACAGUUCUUUGCAUUAAACCAGUCAAAGAAUCUUACAACAAUCCCGUCACAGUUGCACUUGCCAACCUCUCCCCUCAUGUUGCGCCAGCUCAACAGUCACAAUCUUCUCCGGUAUUUGCACCACAUCUACCUGAACCAGUCGAAAAGGCGCCGAAUGUAUAUAUCAACGGAUUCCCUCCCGACUUUCCCGAAGACCAGUUGAUCCAGCUGGCAGUUCCAUUCGGCACAGUGCAGAGCGUCCGGAGCUUUACGCGCCAUGUCGGGAGCACAGUAACCGGCUAUGUAUUUGUCCUUUCGACACUAUUGCAUCUGCAGAGUGCUGUAUCAACUGAUUAA